UCAUAAAUUCAACACCAAAAAGUCUUCACUUUCACAUCUUUCUUAUUCGCUUUCAUUCCCUUAGAUUCAGCUUACAGAUAUAUAGUUUGAGCUUAAGGUAUUCUUCUUUGUAUAAACUUAAAUAUGAAGAGAGACAGAGAAGAGGCUGUAAUUGACAUGGCUAAUUGCUUGAUGCUACUCUCUAAAGUUGGGCAAACAGAGUUGGAAGAUUCAAAACCAGGUCGUUUAUUUGCAUGCAAGACCUGUAACAGGAGAUUCUCGUCGUUUCAGGCGUUAGGAGGACACCGUGCAAGCCACAAGAAGCCUAAACUAAUCGGAGAUGACUUGCUGAAGUUACCCAGUUCGCCCCCAAAGCCGAAAACUCACGAGUGCUCUAUUUGUGGCCUUGAGUUCGCCAUCGGUCAAGCUCUUGGCGGCCACAUGAGGAGACACAGGGGUAAUACGGGUGGUGGUGGUGGUGAUGGGGUGGUGACUCGAGCUUUGUUACCCGUGCCGGUAAUGAAGAAAUCCAAUUCUAGUAAGAGAGUUUUGUGCUUGGAUUUGAACUUGACGCCAGUGGAGAAUUAUGACUUGACAUUGCAGUUAGGAAAGGUGCUGUUUUGAGUUUUAUGAUCUAGGGUUCUUGAACAUAGAAUUUGUUUGGCUUUCUUUUUUUCUUUUAGAUUAGUUGGUUGCUUUAGAAUUUUUGUGUUCAGAUUUAUUCAUUUGUUUUAAUAUACAGAAGAGAUUACUAUUUCAUACAA